AUGCGUUUGAGAUCUCACGAUCUUCCACCUUCCCCACCUGAGGAAGGAUAUCGAGUCAACAACAUGCACCGUCAUUCAAACGAUAGCACACCCUCGAAUAUCGGUCUUAACACUGAUGCCUUUUCCGAUGCCCAAAUUGUCCGUGAGCCUUUGCUGCCCUCUUUCGCCUGGAUGCUAAACGACCCCGAGGAUUCUGGAGAAGAUAAUGAAGAGUAUGAAGACCGUGAAGGACUGGAUAGGCCCUUCUUGAGUGGCUAUGACUCCUCCCCCAGCAACCGUGUUUGGGAUCAACGCAACCUACCUGUACAAGACUUCGAGAUCUAUGAAGAUCCUCCUGACCAGCCAUCCCGACGCCCUUCCACGCCACAGAGCCUUGGCAACCCCGACUCUGAUAAGGAGAAUCUCCUCCCCUCCGAGGGGUCUCGAUCUGACUUGUCCUCGAAUGAGGACAUGGCGGAGGCCUUAGGCCAAGGCCGCCUGCCAGGCGAAUGGACUGUAUUCGAAAUCCCCUACGUUGAGCCUUUGGCGGAGCGGUCUCUGGAUUCGGCCGGCAACCUUGUCCGCAACACUGUGCCAGCUCCUAUUUUCAGCCACGGGGACCUGCGUCGCCUAGAUGACGAGCUCAGUCGUCGUCUGGCUGUCCACCAUCCGACCGAGCAUGACCAGGCCGAGCGUGGCUUCCCUAGCCAGUAUGAUAGAAUGUAG